AUGUCGAAAGAAACACGACAUCAAACAUUUAAAGUAGUAAAGUUGCCAUCACUUCAUCUUGACUCUAACCAUCGAAGUCAACAUCGUCAUUAUGAGCAUAAUACUCACAUAUCUUCGAGAGAUGAUGACGAUGCAUAUGAGACGAAGUCUAUCUCUUCUAUUAGUACACGUUCAUUGGUAUCAAGUGAAGACAGUGUGAAACUAGAAUCUUCGCAAGUAGAAAUCGUUCGACGCGGACCUCCUAUUAAUCAUCUAUCUCAACACAAAGUUCGCCGAUACCAACCUUCAUCCUCAAUUGUAAUACGAAAACCAACAGUAUCAGUACCUGUAGCAUCAUUUGGUCCCUCUCUUAUUUCACCGAGCUAUCCUUUAUUUCGAAAGGGAGCAUGGAUACCGUCAAAAACGAUCGUAAUGAAAGAUGCAGUCACACAAAAAUCAGUUUCGAUUCAAACAAAGCUUAUGGGUGCAUUAACAGCGACACCAAGCGCAAUUGGAUUAGCUUCUCUAAUGUUAGUUCUCGGAUUAGCAAUUAUUACCAUUGCAAUUUUGGCCGUGCUUUUCGCUCUAAAAAAUAGAGACCCAAGUACAAGUUCCAACACGUUCAAUCAACUAAAAUGUGCUACCACCUGUGUGAUGUCCGGAACACCAUAUCACAGUUCCGUCAUUGCAUUGUGGCGAUUCGAUGGAAAUUUGGAUGAUUUGAAUCACAUAUACGACGGCACCUAUACUCCAACAACAGCUUCAGCUACUUAUGUUGAUGGUAAUAUCGGUCAAGCAUUGGUAUUCGACGGAAGUCAUUAUGUUAUUAUGAAUACACAAUUCCUGAAUCUCAGUUAUCAGAGUUGGACUAUAGAAGGAUGGUUCUGGUUAAAUACUGUGGCUACUGAGCAAGGUAUUUUCAGCCAAUGUCAAUCAUCAACAACAACUGAUCAAUGCUUGACUUUGAGUAUCAAAAAUGGUCGUUUAUAUUCUAGUUUCUACAACGAUGAUCUCACCAGUGGUACUAUUUUGACGGUAUCAUCAACUACAUGGUAUCAUUUAGCUUUUGUGUAUGAUUAUACUUUACAAGCGCAAUCAGUUUAUUAUAAUGGAGUGCUUAUUGGAACGACAUGGGGAUCUCGAACACUCUCUGGUCCAUAUCGAGGAAUUUCAGGUGAUAUUCUAAUUGGUCGAACAGCAGCCGGUGCUUACUUUCAAGGGAAAAUGGAUAAUCUGGAAAUAUCAAGUGCAGCUAAAUCAGCUUGUGAAAUUUUGAAUGAUGCCAUACUUACUGCCUAUUAUUCAUUUGACAUUGGUGUAUUAAAUCUUGAUCUUAGUAACAAUUUUAUUAAUGGGAUGUCCAAUUCAAUAAGUACUAUAUCAGGCAUCGUUAAGGAAGCUUAUCUAUUCAACCAAACACUUUCUUAUUUUCAAUCUUUCGCAUUCACAGCGUAUAGUACUGCAGAAGCAUUCAGCGUAUCGUUAUGGAUAAAGCCGUUUUCGGUUGCUGGUGGUACACUGAUUCAUCUGUCGACUAAUAUUGAUGGUGGAGGUACAGCUUGUUUUGAUCUUCUCGGAUUCAGUUCAAUAGGUCAAUUAAUCGCCAAUAUGUACAAUUCAUAUACCGCUAGUGGAGUCUUUUGUCCAUGUUAUGCUAGUACUAGCAUUGGUGGAGCAAAUACGACAAUAAACGUAUGGACACAUAUCGUCGUAACAUAUGGUUCGACGAAUGGUAUGGCGAUCUACACCAAUGGAACACUGACUGUUGCCAAUGCUGCUUUUAAUUCGUUUCCUACUUCUGCUAGUGCUUUCACAACUCGACCAUAUAUGACUGUUGGAAAUUACAAAACUGCAAGUUCAGCAUCAACAGGAUGCCUAGUUGCAACUCCAGCUCUGUCACCAGGUUCUUAUUAUGGAAUCAUCGAUGAAUUACGAGUUUAUAGUCGAGAAUUGGCACCAUCUGAAAUAUGUUCAUUGUUUAAUUAUUAA